AUGAACCAAGAUGAAUAUAAUAAAUUAAUAAGUCAACAUUAUAAGGAGAUUUAUACGUUUAAAAAGACUGAAAAGAAACAAAUUAAUACAAAAAUUGAAUUAAUGACUCCUUUUGAUGCAACACCUGAUUAUUAUAAAGGCAAAGUUCAAAAGUAUAGUUUAAAUGCUUUUCCACAUUGCAAUUCACUUUUUAUUAGAAAAAUGCCUAAUAACACACUUUUAAAAACAUUGGCAUUUUAUGAUAUUAAACAAUAUAAACUAAAAAGGAAAUAA